UUGUUUUGAUUUAGUUGCGGUGAUCGGACGAGUAUCUCACAAAAAUAGGCGUUUGCGGCGAACCCCGAUGCGGUGAUUGUAUCAGCGACAUUUUGCCACGAGGGAGUUGCCGAGAAUGAGCCGGCACUGAUCUAUUUGUGUGAAAUGGAAGGUGAAAGCUGAGCGUGAUCCAGCUGAGGCACCAGACGGGAGCCAGUCGAGUGUGAGCCGACUGGCCACUUGUCUCACCGCUGCGCCAAAACACAUCUGAAAACCACUCUUUGGACUCUUUCUGCACACAUAUGCUCUGGCUUGCUAUCAUGUUCCACAAUACCAUGUCUUUCCUAUGUACCUUUUUGUUUCUUUUAUUUAGUUGUGCAGGCAAGAGUGCGUUGACAGAGUUUUGGCACGGCAGAGGUGGGCACAGUUUUCAGAUGUGUUUCGUCAAGUCGUCAGAAGUUCUCUGAAGUUGUUUGGUCUGAUGACGUCAAGUUGAGUUGUACACUACUCAAGUAAGAAACAUGUCUGCUCUCAAGAACGAACGUGCCAUGAAGAAGGGUGCACUGACACGAACAAGAAGAAGAGCGUUUGUUCUGAUCGACACUCGUGGUAGCAAAAGAGAGCUGCAUGCAGUGUUGAAGGAGCUGGACAAUGCUCUACAAGAUGUUCUGGAGAAGAACAUGGAAUACAAGAUGAGCUCUGAAGAUGAUGAUCACCAGAAGAAGUGUGAUGAAUACGAGCAAGAGGCCACUGAGGAGCACAGGAUUGCCCAGGAACGAGUGGCAAGUCACCUGCAAGAACGAGCGGGAGAAACUCCAUCAGCAACAACUGACAGGUCAUCUGCUGCUUCAAAGGCUCGGGUGCAGCAUACUACCAGAAUGGCAGAAGUUGAGGAUAAGGUACGUGAGCUGGAGUUACAGCAGCUGCAACAUCGCCUCGAGAGAGAGGAGGAAGAACAGAAGAUGCAGCGAGCAAGACAACUGCAAGAGAAACAAGAUGCCCUGCAGGCUGCUCGUCUUAAGACAGAGUUAACCAAGGCAGCUGAAAGUGAGCUGACAUGGGACAGGAAAGAAGACUUCAAUGAAGAGAAUGAGAGACGUCCAGAAGGAAACCAGAAGAGAGAUGAAGAACACAGAACAGACCUUCCUGUACCUAAUCCCAACCCUGAUCCUGCCAGCCAACUGUUCCGACAGAGCCUGCCUCGUCUCAGGCUUCCCACUUUCAGCGGAGCAGUGGAGGAGUUUCCAAGAUGGUACUCGAUCUUCUCAACACUGGUGGAGCAGCAGAAUCUGAGUGCCAAUGAGAAGAUGGCACAUCUGCAGAAUGCAGUCACUGGAGCAGCAAGAGCCAUCAUCGGAGGGAUGGUGUGUGAUGGAAGUUCCUUUGAAGAUGCUCUCCAAGCACUCAAAGAAAGGUAUGGCAGAGACAUUGAUGUAGUUCAGAUGACCCUCAAGACUGUGUUUUCGUGUCCAGCUCCCAAGCCGUUCGAUGCCAGAUCUCUGGAGAGAUAUUAUGGAGCAGUUCAUGGUGCUACAACUACAUUGAAGAGACUGGGAUAUGAGGGUGACCUGCAGUCUUGUGAGAACCUGCGUCGUCUCCUGAGCAAACUGCCAGUUGAUAUGCGGAAAGCGUGGGCUGAACACUCCCUGGGACUGGUGCGACCUACCCUGCUGGAGUUCGACCAGUGGCUCCGUCUGCAGCUGCGCAUCCAGCUGAGCUGUGAGGCAGCUGCGCCUGCACCCAGUCAGCAGAAGAGGACAGCUGGGAUGUUCCUCACCACGAAGACGGCAAGCACCUCAGGUGAGAAGAGAUGUGUCCUCUGUGGUGAAAGUCAUGGGCUGUGGGCUUGCGAGCAGUUCAAGGCACUGACUGCUGAUGAGCGUGCGCGAGUUGUGGCUGAGCACCGACUGUGUUUCAGCUGCCUGCGGCCGGGCCAUCGGAGCAGAGAUUGCAGAACAGCUCGAGCCUGCGGCAUCGAUGGUUGCGUGCUUCGACACAGCCGGUAUCUGCAUGGGAGCAGGAGGAUCAGGAGGCUGCAGCCCGGUUCGCCGCCCCCCUCAGGAACGGAGACGACGACCGGCGAGAUCACCAUAGCGUCGGUCCGACGGGAGGAACAAGAUGCGUGUCACGUCCUGUUGCAGGUCGUACCUGUACGUGUCCAUGGUCCCGCUGGACGGUACAAGGACACACUGGCGCUUCUCGACCCUGGGGCACAGACGUCGCUCUGCAAUGCGUCUGUCCUAGACGAGCUUCAAGUUGAAGGCGAGGUUCAGCCGGUUCGACUGAGCAACGUAGAAGCUGCGGGCCGUGAGAGGCUGUCCAGGCGGACGACUCUUGAACUGUCACCGCUGGCAAGCACUGAAGAUCCGUCGAAGAGGAUUCUAGUGCCAGAGAUCUUCUCCGUGGACAGGGUCAACGUAAGAACUCCCACGAUCCGAGGCAAGAACGUGUCGAAGUUCAAGCACCUGGAAGGACUGAAGAUUCCAGACAUCUCCAGUGGCACGGUCGAGGUGCUACUGGGAGCCAACGUGCUCGAAGCGGUACUCCAGCGCGAGGCGCGUGUCGGUGCACCAGGAGAGCCUGUGGCCAUCCGAACGGCUUUUGGAUGGUCCUUGACUGGUUCACUGACUGGUGUAGUGCCUGAGCAUGUUCGAGAGGUGAUGUUUGUGUCAGCGUUUCGUGGUCAAGAACAGCAUGACCUGUCGGACUGGUGGACUACAGAAUCCUUCGGGACACGUGCCACCGAGCCCACGCUGACACCCGAUGAGAAGAGGGCGAUGGACAUCCUGGAGAAGACUACUCAACACCGAGGAGACAAGUAUGAAGUUGGUCUGCUAUGGCGAGACGAAGAGGCCGAGCUCCCGGACAACUACACGAUGGCGCACAGCAGGCUCAGGUCUCUGGAGCGCAACCUGGCGAAGAACCCAGAGAGAGCGGAAGCGUACAGAGAAGUGCUUGAGGGCUACGUACAACAAGGGUACGCGCGGAAGCUGACAGCUGAAGAGAGUCGAGUAAAGGAGAAAAAACGUUGGAUUCUGCCUCACCACGCCGUGACACACCCAGAGAAGGUGAAGCCGCGCGUCGUGUUUGACGCGGCCGCCCAGUUUCAGGGUACCUCCCUGAACAGCGAGCUGUUGAAAGGUCCUGACCUCUUACAGAACCUGCAUGGGGUCCUCUUGCGUUUCAGGCAGGAGCGGUACGCACUGGUGGCAGACGUCUUCCAGAUGUUCCACCAGAUCCAAGUGCGGACGGCGGACCAGCCAGCUCUGUCGUUUCUUUGGCGUGAGAUGCAGACGUCAAGGCCACCGGACAUCUACCAGAUGUUAGUGGUGAUCUUCGGCGCGAAGUGUAGUCCGUGCAUCGCCAACUACAUCCUGCGCCGAACGCUCGUUGAGGACAAGGAAGCAGAGAGACAGGGGGGUCAUCCGACGCUGCUCGCCAACUUCUACGUCGACGACUUUCUCCGAGCGGAGGAAACCCCGGAAGCAGCUCUGGCAACGAUGGAGAAAGUGACAGCGCUGAUGUCUCGCGGAGGAUUCCGACUAACGAAGUGGAGAUCGAGUCACCCCGAACUUCUGGAGAGCAUACCGGAAGAUGAUCGAGACGCAUCACAGAAGCAGCUGGUGUCAUGUGAAGGCGGAACACGGAAGGCGCUGGGCUGCGUGUGGUCUCCAGAGGAGGACACGCUAGGAAUUCAAGUGCGUGCCGCUGAUGUUCCAGCGACGAAGCGAGGUGUAGUGAAGAUGGCGGCGUCGAUCUUCGAUCCCCUCGGUUUCAUCUCGCCUGUCAUGCUGGAAGCAAAGAUUCUGAUCCAGAAGUUGUGGGUGCUCAAGCUUGACUGGGAUGAAGCGUUUUCAGGCUCUGAGCUGGCCAUCUGGCGAAGUUGGCUGUUGGAGCUGAGUGAAGUGGAAACCAUCAGAGUUCCAAGAUGCCUGAAGACGUCUAUCACGAAGGAAGUCAAGAACAUGCAACUACAUUUGUUCUCAGAUGCGUCCGAGAACGCGUUUGGUGCAGUGGCAUACGUCCGGAUGACGGACGCCGACGGACACCACACAGUCAGCAUGAUCAUGUCACGGACUCGAGUGGCGCCGCUCAAGCAGCUCUCGAUAGUCCGUCUUGAGCUUCAGGCCGCCGUGCUGGCCACGCGACUGGCCAGGACUAUUCAAGAGGAGUUGACGUACGUGUUUGAUGAUGUGCUAUUCUGGUCGGACAGCCAGGUCGUCUUGCAGUUCGUGACCAAUGAAAGCCGGUUGUUUCAGACGUUUGUGGCCAAUAGGGUGGCCGAGAUCCGGGACUCUACGUCGCCAUCUCAAUGGAGACACGUGCCCGGGACGCAGAACCCGGCGGACAUCUGUUCCAGAGGACGAUCGGCAUCGCAACUGAAGGAUUCGGUCCUGUGGUGGAGCGGGCCGGCAUUCCUCUGCCAGGAUCGAAGUACCUGGCCGCACUUGGAGACGGGAAGCUUGUCUCCUGACGAGCCUGAGCUGAAGAAAGCAAAGAAGACGACGGUGACGCCUGUCGUGGGACUGGUCUGCGGACCAGAUGCCAACGAUGUACCUCCACUGCUGGUGGAUCCAGCACACUUCUCAUCGUGGAACAAGUACCGGCGCGUUGUGACCUGGAUCUACCGAUUUAUCAACAACGCGAGAGAGCCUGACAAGAAGACGCGUGGCUCCCUGACAGCGCAAGAGCUGCUACAGUCAGAACAUCAGAUCAUCCGCCAGGACCAGAAGGCGGUGAAGCUGGCGCCUCAGCCCGGUCUGUCCCUGUACGAGGACGACCAGGGCCUCCUGAGGGUGAGAGGGCGCCUGACGAACGCGCCUGCAGAGAUGUGCCGUGAGCCGAUCGUACUCGAUCCAAACAGUGAAGUCACCCGACUGAUCGUGACCGAUGCGCACGAGCGGUGCAUGCAUGCUGGUGUAAACCACACACUGAACAUCCUGAAGGAGAGGUUCUGGAUGCCGAAAGCCAGAGCCACAGUGAAGAAAUGGAUCUGGCGGUGUGCGCACUGCCGGAACAGACGGGCCACUACCCUGUGCCCCAAGAUGGCUGAUCUCCCGAGUGAGAGAUUCGACAUCUCCCGACCGUUCUCGUCGGUGGGCUUGGACUUUUUUGGACCACUCCAGGUUAGAAAGUUCAGAAAAACCGAGAAGCGGUACAUUCUCCUGGUGACCUGUUUGGCCACCAGAGCCGUCCACCUCGAGAUCGCUGAAGGUUUAGAUACCGAUUCGUUUCUGAUGGCACUGCGUCGCUUUAUUGCACGACGGGGAAGACCAGCCAGGAUCUGGUCCGACAACGGGACGAAUCUCGUAGGUGGUGAGAGGGAACUGAGAGAAGCCAUCUCCGAGUGGAACCAACAACAGAUCUGUGACGCGCUAACCCAGAAAAAUAUCCAGUGGCGAUUUAAUCCCCCGACCGCCAGCCACAUGGGCGGUGCGUGGGAGCGUCUUGUGGCUUCAGUGAAGAAGGCUCUCCGGUCGGUUCUGGGCAACCAGGUCGUUUCUGACGACGUCCUGCACACCACCGUCCUGGAAGUGGAGUUCCAGGUUAACUCCAGGCCCCUCACUUAUGUCUCUGGCCAUGGAGGGGACCCCGAAGCAUUAACGCCGAACCAUUUCCUGUUGGGGGUUGUGCCGAGCAGUUCUGUCUUCCCUCCGGGAGUCUUCGGAGAAGAUGACACGAUGUCCAGGAAGCGCUGGAGACAAAGUCAAGCACUUGCCAGUCAAGUAUGGCGCAGGUGGCUCAGAGAGUACGUGCCGACCCUCAUCUCCAGGAGGAAGUGGAACAGGGAGCAGAGGAACCUCGCUGUGAACGAUGUUGUGCUGCUGGCCGCAGAUGACACCCCGAGGGGAUACUGGCCUCUGGGCGUAGUUGAAGAAGUGUACAAAAGUGGAGACGGUACACCAUCGACGAGCGGCGGUGGCACCCCGAGGACGGACGACGACACGCCGCUGGGGGUACAGCGGCGUUCCGAGGGACGACACGCCGGUGGGGACAGCAGCGCUCUGAUGACGACACGCCGCUGGGAGUACAGCGGCGCUCUGAUGACGACACGUCGCUGGCAGUGCAGCGAUUCCAGCGCGUGGACGCAAGAUGCCGGCGGCGAGAGGCCCGCCGCUGCUGGUCGCGGCGGACUCAGCGCGCUGGCGGGGACUGACUCGCCGGUGGUCGCGACACACGAGCGCGGCUAG